AUGGAAACGGUGCUUGCAAGCUGUUUUCCGGAUUAUGGAAGUGUGCUUGUGAUUCGUCAUAUUUUGGUGAAAACUGCUCGUUACCCAUCGAAUCGAACUGUGAUGACGGCGUCGAUAAUGAUAAUGGAAGUUUCGCAAAUGCACAUUUGGUACAAUCUGUUCAACUAUUUAGAUGGACUGGUUGAUUGUGAGGAUUCGGAGUGCUGCACAGAGAGGAGUUGCUCGUCCAGUCAGAUGUGUGCUACGGUAAUACAGCCACGAGAUGUUCUCCUAAAAGUAAUCCCACCAGUAAACGCCAAUUUUUAUCAGCAAAUUAAAUUUCUGAUUCAACGAGAUUCUGUGCAACGAUAUACGGACGAACGCCACUUUAACGCAAGUUUUGUAUCAAUCAUCCGUGGACGUGUUUUGGCACAAGAUGGAUCACCGCUUACGGGUGUCCGAAUCGCGGAAGCACGUCAUCCACCGUUGACCGGUUUCACGCUCAGUCGAAGUGAGGAUAACGGCGGUGCUUUCGAUCUGAUGGUUAAUGGCGGUCGUGCAGUAACAUUGCAGUUUAUGCGGAAACCAUUUGAGAAGCUCGAGAAAACUUUCUAUAUUCCGUGGAAUGAAAUUGUUUACGUUGGUGACGUGAGGAUGCGUUUGGGACCGGCUUCAGUAAGCUUCAAAUUCACUUAA